AUGCCAUAUGAGAUACCAUUCAGCCAGCUUCCUGGACUAGGCGAGGAGGACUACCCUGGAUUUCCAGCACAGGUAUGUCCUAAUGAGCUGCCAGACCUCUGCAAGCACAGCAGCCUGUGCGCAGAUGUCCUGAAGGACAACCCGGAGAUGUAUCAGGAGCUCAAAGACCGUCAGACAGCUACAGGUGUGUCCUUGGCGCGGUGUAUAAAGACAGGCAUAGAUAAUCGGGGACACCCGUGCCUGAAGUCCAUCGGCGCCGUGGCUGGCGAUGCAGAAUGCUACAAAGUCUUUUCGCCCCUCUUCGAAAAGCUGAUCGAGGGGCGGCACGGGAAGGCGGUGCCGGUGGCUCACAUGAAAUGCCCUGGCCGCCGAACCCUCACUGCCGAAUCGGCAGAGCCGUUGGAGGGCUAUGUGAUCUCUUGCAAAGUUGCGGCUUCCAGGAACCUGGAUGGGACUCCUUUCCCACCAGCUGCUUCAAGAGAUCAGCGACAAGAGGUCGAGCACAUGAUCUCAGGAGCUGCGCUUCAAAUGGAAGGCGCGCUCAAGGGCACCUACUUCCCUCUCGUGGGCUCCUCGUCUUAUCCUUCGAAGCCGGACGGUAUGACGUUGGAGGAGGAAAAGGCACUCGGCUGCUUCAGUGUUCUGUUUCUGCUCCGCAAUUCCAGUUCCAGCCCAACUUGCGCAGAUGCUGACUGA